GUUUCAUGUGGCAAGUGUGUGUAUGUGAGAAGCAUGCUAUGCAUAGCGUUUGUCACUCAAGUCUGGACAGAGAGUGGACACACAUUUUGAAUCCGGCUUACCUCGGUUUACUCAACACACCCAGAACCUUCACACAGCCAUGGAGCAAGAGCCUGCAGAGGACACUGAGACUCAGGAAGUUACUUCAGAUGCUGAGCUGGCAGCAGCAAUUAUGAAGAGACAUUUCCGACCAUCUCUGAUCAAAUCCGAAGCAUGGGAGGGAUAUACGUUUGCCAAUCUGGAGAUUAAAAUCAAAGAGUCGACCGAUUGUUAUGGUGCUGUACUGUGGCCAUCAGCUAUGGUGUUGUGCCAUUUUCUUGACACCCAUCGGGAAAAAUAUAACCUUGUGGACAAGAACGUCCUUGAGAUUGGUGCUGGUACGGGACUGGUGACAAUAGUGUGCAGCCUUCUAGGUGCAAAAGUGACAUCCACCGACCUCCCGGAUGUUCUUGGUAACCUGCGCUACAACGUGAGUCGCAACACCAGGGGGCGCUGUCGCUACGAGCCCCAUGUGACGGAGCUCACCUGGGGGCAGCAGCUAGAAGAGCGUUUCCCACGUGCAUCCUGUCGCUAUGACUACCUAAUGGCAGCAGAUGUUGUUUACUCCCACCCAUACCUCAACGAACUGAUGGAGACGUUUGAACACCUGUGUUCAGAACACACUGUUAUAUUUUGGGCAAUGAGGUUCCGCUUGGACCCGGAGAAUAGCUUUGUGGACCGAUUUAGAGCCCGCUUUCAUUUGGAAGAGCUUUAUGACCUGCCCAGCCUACACAUUAAGUUGUACAGAGCGCAGAAGAACAUCUCAGGCUUACAAAGUCAUUCUGGGGCUGCAGCAUAGAGUUAAAUUUCCUCUAAAACCUUUCACAUUGUAGUUAAACAUCUUCCAAAGUUCAUAGGUUGAUAUUAAUUCACAUUCUGAAGGGCUGAAUGCGUUUCCUUCUAUCUUCUAAAUGAAAAGCACCGAACAGUGAAUUUAGGAUUUGUUUGAAUAAAGCGGACCCAAACCUAUAUUCAGACAUGCUUCACGGCUUAGCUGUGGCUCUCUGGCCUGGGAUGUGAACUCACAACCUGCUGUUAGUACAGUGACUUAUUUACUUCACAUUAUUUAUUCAUUCGUUACAUUACAGGUAUUUAGCAGACAUGACGUACAACAUAUCCAGAGCAGUCUGAGGCACAGUUAGAGGUUAGGUGCUGCACUCAAAAGCACUUCAGCCAUUCCUGCUGGUCCAGGGAAUUGAACCAGUGACCUUUUGGUCCCGAAGUUGCUUCUCUAACCAUUAGGCCAUGCCCCCCUUCAGAACUGUAAUUGUACAGAGGUUAAAGUUUAUUCAGACCAAACUGAGAAGAGAAAUUGAGAACCCAUCCCCAUGCAGUAGCAGCUUUAGAACCUCUGACAGAACAUGCAUUAAUCCACACCCUCUCCUCCCACUGCACAUCGGGCAGUUUUCAUUCCUGGUGCAACCCCUGGGACCCAUGUCUGUUCUUCAUGUCUGUUCUCUGACUGUGCUGUACAAAAAUAACCGGUGGUGUCAAUUAAUAGUUUAAAA